AUGAAUAAGGACAUCAACUCAGAGUCUGGUGAUGAUUGUGGAGAUACACUGGCAGGUGCAGACAUGCACAGCAUCAGCAAUUCCAGUGAGGAGCAUAUGGAUUGUACAGGAAGCCAGUCUGAGUCGGAUGAUGAGCUUGAAGAAGCAGAGAACAAGUCACAGAGUGCUACUUAUGAGUUCAACACAGAUUUGAUUGAUGGAGACGAGGAAUUGGACAAAGAGGCUGAUGAUGACAAGGAUGGUUCAGUGUUGGAUGACAAGCAUAAGGAGCAGUUGUUAUUGGAUGACAGCUCAGAAGAGGAAGGCUCGCAGGAUGAACUAGAUGAUGCCAUUCUUGGUGCUGAGGACGGAGAGGGUGCUGCAGAUACUGAAGAGGAUUAUGGUGACUAUGCUGAUACUUUGGCAUCUGCAAGCCUUGCAAUGCCUGGCAUGACACCUGUAAGGCCUGUAGCCGCAUUUGGAACUCUACCCCAGACUUGCGGCAUCUGCCGAGGCCUUCAUCGCAUCGUUCCCACUGUUGAAGACGGUCUUGCGGCUAACAAGUUCUAUAUUUCAUCUGGGUCCAUCACCGAAAUCCAAAUUUGGAAUGUCACUACUCCUGUUGAGGGUAUGACGAGCCUCAGCUGGAACACACGACCCCAACGAAUUGCACUGAUGGGCACUGUCGCGUUCCUUCCAGAGAAAGAGAAGAUUGAGCAGCUAGGACUCGAAGACGGCUGGCAAUCGCAACUUGCAACACGGUUCUCGUGUGGUAAGGAAGCGAGUGUUGUGACCGUCGAGGUUGCCUGUGAUAGUUGUAGAAUUGAGUUCAAGCAAUUAUUCUCAGUUCCUCCGUUGGCUUUCGAUCUGAUGGAGAUAGGAUAA